GUGUGUGUGUGUGUGUGUCUGCUGGGUGUGUCUGCAGUGUGUGUCUGGUGUGUGUGUAGUGGGGCGUGUAGGUUACUAGGUCCUAACCUUUCUUUCUGUUAUUUUUAUCGGCCCCCACAUCCUGCUCUCUCUCGCUCUCUCUGUCUCCACCAUUCAUUCACUCUCACCACCCUCCAUAACCACUAACCCCUCCAACCACUAUCUGCAGUACACACACACACACACACACACACACACACACACAACAAAUGUGAAUACAUUCAAACCUUUACACACACACACGGAUGCAAGUCCAUAUCUGCUUCUUCAGUCAAAAACAAACUUCCAGUCAAAUUGGGUUUUGUGGAUACGGAGGAAGGAGAGAAGAUGACGACUCUCAAAACAACAGUAGUAGUUUUACUGGGUGAGUCCUGGGUGAGUCCUGGGUGAGUCCUGGGUGAGUCCUGCUGUAGUUGUUAUUCUGGAGAGAAGAUGACGACUCUCAGAACAACAGUAGUAGUUUUACUGGGUGAGUCCUGGGUGAGUCCUGGGUGAGUCCUGGGUGAGUCCUGGGUGAGUCCUGCUGUAGCUGUUAUUCUGGAGAGAAGAUGACGACUCUCAAAACAACAGUAGUAGUUUUACUGGGUGAGUCCUGGGUGAGUCCUGCUGUAGCUGUUAUUCUGGAGAGAAGAUGACGACUCUCAAAACAACAGUAGUAGUUUUACUGGGUGAGUCCUGGGUGAGUCCUGGGUGAGUCCUGGGUGAGUCCUGGGUGAGUCCUGGGUGAGUCCUGCUGUAGCUGUUAUUCUGGAGAGAAGAUGAUUCUUUUAUACAACACCAACAGUCUUUUUUUCUUCUUCUCUGAAGGUUUCUACACCUUCUGCCAGGAGACAAUCCAAGGAGCCUCGGUCCCAGGAGCCUCGGUCCCAGGAGCCUCGGUCCCAGGAGCCUCGGUCCUAGGCAGACCGUUGCUGUACGGCCCCUCAACAGUGCUAGAGAAGACUGUAGAAGAAUUCCAGUGUGAAGUUCUGCAUUACCCUAAAGAGGAGUCCAUCCUCUACCAGCUAUUCAGGGAAGGUGACCGGUCCAAGGCCUUGGGCUUCUACACUGCUCUGUCUGGUGAGAUGGCCAAUUUCCCUCUGUUCAUCACUGCUUCCUACGAGGGCUACAUGGUGUGUGUAGCCAGCGUCCAGAACAACACAGUAAUACACCCCACUGUCAGUCAAAGACACCACCUCAGAGUAGUCGACCCAGUCAACGGUGCAGAGGUUGUAGUCCAAUCAGGGUCUGUGGAGUUCUAUGAAGGGAAGCCACUGUCCCUACAUUGUAACAUCACCAAAGGGACCCACGUCUCCUACCAGUGGCUGGUGGAUGGGAAGCCCCUCCCCCUGUCUCCUUUACACAAUCAGACACGGGAACAACUCUUCAUCUACAGGAUGGUGCCCCAGGACAGCGGGGAGUACGCCUGUGUUGCUACCAACCAACUCAACUUUACCAAGGUCUACUCCUCCAGGAGCACUGCCAAGGUCAUCAAGGUCAAAGGGCAGGAGUUUUCCCCGGAGCUGGUGUCUGAACCAGACUUCCUCUUCCUGGUACUGAAGGAAAGAGGCGGGACCUACUUUGCCCUCGUCACGUGUCAAUCACUCAAGGGGACUCCGCCCAUCACCUUCUCCCUCUACAGCAAGUCAGAGUUCAUUGGCAUGGAGACGGUUGACGAGCGAUUCGCCACGUUCUCUAUUCCAGUGGUUCUAGAUCUCCACAUGGGCUUUCUACAGUGUCAGGCGCAGAACGGAGACAGGGUGGUGUACGGUCAGUGGACGGCCAUGCACAUUGGUAAGUCUGUCUGUCUCGCUGUCAGUCUGUCUCUUUGUCCGACAGUCUGUUUCAAGCUAAGGAUUUUAUAUCUACCCCCCAGUUCCUGUAGGGGAGCUGUGACGAUGCACUACGACACCGACGUGGGAGAAAACUUCUCCAUUGUGGGCCUGAGGUUCUACUGUUCCGUGGAGAGGGGAACCUUUCCCCAGUACCGCUGGUUCCUCAACGGAACUAUUCUAGAAGGCCGUGGAGAGUUCUACUGGGUGGAGAACCAGCCGGAGCAAUCCAUUUUGUUGUUAUCUGUGGGGAGGAGCAGUGCCGGAACGUACCAUUGUGAGGUGUCCGACAGCUUUGAUGGCACUGUGGUGAUCAGCAGUGAGGCGAGGUACAUCGAUAAAGAAGUGUUGCACCACCUCCCUACCACGGUGGUGGCUGUUGUGUUCGGCUGUUUCCUCUUCCUGGUUACCUUGGUGACCACCUGUUGUUUCAUCGGUCUGCUGUACCAGAAAAGACAGUAUCUUGUUGAAAAGUCUCCGCUGGAUCUCAAGCUGGGUCUGGAGAUGCACAACAUAAUGGAUGAAGAGGAAUACAUGGAGGACGACGGAGUGGUGAGAGCAGCCAGGAUCGUUGACUCAGAUCAGACUGAUGUCACUGGUCCACAGGAGGAAGUAGAAUCGACAGACGAUUGGCUGCAGCUACACCAGGAACUGAAGAACAUCUUGGAGGAUGAAAUUCCAGAAAAUAACUUUUGAAUUCUACAACCAUCUAAAAAGAAGCGAUUCCUACACAUUCCAUCACAAAGCCCUCCCCUACAGAGAGAUGAACCCAGAGCAGAGGCCCCUCAGCCAGCUGGUUCUGGGGCUUUGUUCACAAACACAAACAGACCCCACAGAGUCCCAGAACAGCAACACAAUUAGACCCAACCAAGUUAUGAGGAAGCAAAAAGAUAACUAUUUGACAUACUGGAAAUAAUCACCCCAAAAACUGAGCAAACUAGAAUGCUAUUUGGCCCUAAACAGAGAGUACACAGUGCCAGAUUGCCUGACCACCGUGACUGACCCAAAAUGAUGUAUAGACUCAGUGAGCAUAGCCUUGCUAUUGAGAAAGGUAGGCAGGCAGACCUGGCUCUCGAGAGAAGACAGGCUAUGUGCUCACUGCCCACAAAAUGAGGUGGAAACUGAGCUGCAAUUCCUAACCUCCUGCCAAAUGUAUGACCAUAUUAGAGACACAGAUCCACAAAGAAUUAGAAAACAAACUAAACAUUGAUAACACCCACAUCUUCUAGGUGAAAUACCAGUGUGUAAUCACAGCAGCACGAUGUGUGGCCUGUUGCCAUGAGAAAAGGGCAGCCAGUGGAGCACAAACAGCAUUAUAAAUACUACCUGUACUUGUGUUCAUUUAUCUUCCCCUACUAUUCGUACUACAACUAUUUUUACGUUGCUAAAACAUUGUACAUAGCUGAUAAUAUAACACUUGAAAUGUCUUUUCCAAACCUUUGUGACUGCAAUGUUUACUGUUAAUUUCUAAUAGUUUUUCCGUUAAUAUUGUUUUGUCUUUUCACUUUUGUUUGUUGUUUAUAUCACUUGCUUUGGCAAUGUGAACACAUGUAUUCCAUGCAAAUAAAACCCAUUUGAAUUGAAACUGAA